AUGGCGGAUGUGGCUGAAUCGUCUACGCCGUCGCGAAAGCGAUCUCGGUGGGAACAGCAUGCCGACGAGGAUGACGACCAGCUUCUACAAGUUCGACAACCUCGCCCUCCAAAACGGCGGUCCAAGUCGAAGACACGCUCUUCUAGACUAUCCGAGUCUUCUCAUACACCCCCGCCUCAUUCACGAACACCGUUGAAGGCGUCUACUUCUACGGUUCGACCUCCUCACAGUGUGUACGCUCCUCCGAGGUCGCUUUAUCCUCCCAUAAAGCCUGCCCGUUCCGUCUACAACUAUGAAAGACUAAACCAAAUUGAAGAAGGCUCUUAUGGCGUAGUGUUUCGAGCACGGGACAAGCAGACGGGAGAUAUCGUUGCCCUGAAGAAGCUGAAGUUGGACGAAGAGAAGCAUGGGUUUCCUAUCACUGCAUUAAGAGAGGUCAAUGCCCUGAUGGCCUGUCGACAUGAAAAUGUCGUCAAUAUCCGGGAAGUAGUAGUUGGCGAUACAUUGACGCAGGUCUUUGUGGUCAUGGACUUCAUUGAACAUGAUCUCAAGACUUUGAUCACAUUAAUGCCGUCGCCUUUUUUGCAAUCUGAAAUCAAAACUCUUAUGCUUCAAUUGCUGUCAGCUGUGUCGCAUUGUCACUACCACUGGAUCUUGCACCGUGACCUCAAGACCAGCAAUCUUUUGAUGAACAAUCGAGGCACCAUUAAAGUAGCAGAUUUCGGUCUCGCAAGACGAUACGGGGAUCCCGUGGGUGUAGGCGGCCUAACACAACUGGUUGUUACGCUCUGGUACCGUGCACCUGAGAUCUUGCUGGGUGCCACCACCUACUCUACUGCCAUAGACAUUUGGUCUGUCGGGUGCAUCUUUGCCGAACUUCUCCUGAAAGAGCCGCUUUUCCAAGCGAAAUCUGAGUUAGAACUCAUCUCCAUGAUAUUCAAACUUCUCGGGCCGCCUACACCGUCAUUGUGGCCGGAUUAUACCACUCUACCCCUGGCGAAAAGUAUCACCUUACCCCCGCAACAGCCGUAUGGCUUUGCUCUGAGGCAACGAUUUCCGUAUCUCACCAAUGCCGGGCUAGACUUGCUUAGCAAGAUGUUGACUUACGACCCGGAAACGAGGAUCACGGCAGAGGAAGCAUUACAGCACCCGUACUUCAAGGAGUCACCACUGCCGAAGCACCCCGAUCUUUUCGGUUCGUUCCCUUCUGCGGCAGCUGGGGAGAAACGCAGGAAACCUUUCGAGAGCCCCUCAGCACCGCAGCGCCUGGCUGAUUAUAAAUUGAUCACCGACUUUGAUCUUUCCUGA